GUGAGAGACAAAAUAAAACUUGUCUCAGUGUCGACCGUCAUGAGCUGUUUAGUUAGUGGUCGCAUUUCAUAGUUCGCGUUAGUUGAGCUAAGGCUCGCUCGGCUGCCUGAUGAAAUGCAGCGUUUAAGGUUCGUUAAAAGUAUUUGGCAGCUGCUGAAGUCGAGCUGCGAGGGAGCAGCGACCCAAACGACCUGCUCCUCGAGACAUUACAGCCAUCUCCCUCCUCAGGGCCCCAACUCCUUUGGGCUCCUCUUUGACAUAGAUGGGGUACUGGUGCGGGGUAAGAUGGCAAUCCCUGGGGCCAAGCAGUGCUUUAGGAACCUGGUGGACAAGAACGGAAAAUACAAGGUACCUGUGCUGUUUGUUACAAAUGCUGGCAACUGCAUGAGGCAAACCAAGGCUGAGCAUCUGUCACAUCUGCUCGAGGUGGAGGUGUCAGCAGACCAGGUGAUGCUGUCCCACAGUCCUUUGCGAAUGUUCACCCAUUUCCACAAAAAGUGUGUGCUCGUGUCAGGACAGGGUCCUGUGCUGGAGGUGGCUCAUAAUCUUGGUUUUCAGGAUGUUGUUACGAUAGAAAUGCUGAGAGAUGCAUAUCCUCUUCUAGAUGUUGUUGAUCACAACAGAAGGCCUAAAAACAGUAUUCCACCAACUAAAGGCCUGCGCCCAAUAGAGGCUGUCAUAUUAUUUGGCGAGCCGAUCAGAUGGGAGACCAACCUCCAGCUCAUUGUUGAUGUCCUCCUAACCAAUGGGAACCCACAUAACUUUUGGAUUUGCAAGCAGCACCCUCACAUCCCGGUCCUGGCCUGUAACAUGGACCUCCUGUGGAUGGCUGAAACAAAGAAUCCCAGGUUUGGCCAUGGUAUGUUCUUGGUGUGCCUGGAGAGCCUGUACAAGAAGGUUACAGGCUAUGACCUGAAGUACGAGGCUUUGAUUGGUAAACCCAGUGUGGUGACUUACAACUAUGCUGAGCUGCUGAUCAGGCAGCAGGCUGAGGAACUCGGCUGGACCAGGCCUGUGAGGAGGCUGUAUGCUAUUGGUGAUAACCCAAUGGCUGACAUAUACGGUGCCAACCUCUACAACCGCUACCUCCAAGCCACCCGACACAGCUACGCUAAGAUGCAGGCUAAAAGCGGAGGAGUAGGAGGAGGUGGGGAUCUGCAGAGAGAAAGUGUUGACAACCCCUUUAAAAUGACCCUGGCGGAACUGAAUGGAGCAUCAGGUGUGUAUGGUACAGAUGAGAGCCUCCCCGAGGGCUGUAGCUCCAUCCUGGUGUGUACAGGAGUGUACAGCAAAGACCAGCAGGAGCUGCCCUCAGACCCAACGCACACAGUCACUGAGCAACGCAUCUUCCAUGGUCACAGGGACUUCCGCUUUGACCCCACCCUCACGCAGCCAUCCUUUUUGGUGCAGGAUGUGAGGGAGGCUGUGGAACUGGUGUUCCAACUGGAAGGUUGGCAAUUGAAUUAGGAUUAGUUUACCCUUACAUGCAGAACAAACAGCUCUGA